AGCCCCGGCCCCGGCCCCAGCCGCCGCCCGCAACCCGCAGCCAUGGGGCAGCGAGAGGCGCUGCCCGCCCCGCCGCCCUGCCGCCCAGGUGCCGUGCUCCCCUUGCCUUGCCACGACUCUUACCACGCGUGGUGCCAGAUCAUCAACGUGUCCGCACCCCGCUCCUCUUUCCUCAGCUCCGUGGACAAGACUCUCAAUGAAACGAGCCGCAGCGUCUCCGCGCUUGCGGGCAGCAGGUGCCGGCUCUAUGUCGGCUUGGCUUUGGCAAUAGGUUCCAGUAUCUUUAUUGGAGCCAGUUUCAUUCUGAAGAAGAAGGGCCUGUUGAGACUGGCCACCAAAGGAGUCACCAGAGCAGGACAGGGUGGAUAUUCUUAUUUGAAGGAAUGGCUUUGGUGGGCUGGAUUACUGUCAAUGGGAUUAGGAGAAGCUGCCAACUUUGCUGCCUACACCUUUGCGCCUGCAACCUUGGUCACUCCCUUGGGCGCGCUGAGUGUUCUUAUAAGUGCUAUAUUGUCCUCUUACUUUUUAAAUGAGAAGCUGAACAUCCACGGAAAGCUGGGCUGCAUACUGAGCGUUCUGGGGUCUACGGUCAUGGUUAUUCAUGCCCCCGAGGAGGAGGAGGUCACCUCAUUAGAUGAGAUGGAAGUAAAGCUGCAAGAUCCAGCGUUUGUUGCAUUUGCUGCUGUCAUAACAGCCAUUGCCCUCGUGCUGAUUUUUAUUGUGGCUCCGUGGAGAGGUCAGACAAAUAUAUUGAUCUACAUUUUAAUUUGUUCAGUCAUUGGUGCCUUCUCUGUCUCAUCUGUGAAAGGCCUGGGCAUUGCCAUUAAGCAAAUGCUGGAGGGGAAGCCAGUUUAUCGCCAUCCACUGCUUUAUGUUUUGGUGGGAAUCUUAGUGCUCUCGGUCAGCACUCAGAUCAACUAUCUCAACAAAGCACUGGACGUGUUUAAUACGUCUCUAGUGACACCUAUUUAUUAUGUGUGCUUCACCACUACGGUGGUAACGUGCUCCAUCAUCCUGUUCAAGGAGUGGAACAGCAUGGACCUGGGGGACAUCAUUGGCACCCUGAGUGGGUUCUGCAGUAUCAUCAUAGGCAUUUUUCUCUUGCACGCUUUCAAAAAUGCUAAUAUCACCUGGAAUCAGUUGAUGUCCACGGUUGUAAAAGAAUCUUCAUUGCCAUACCAUGAGUACGAAUCCUGUCAUACCUUGCUGGAGAACAUGGAAAGCCCAACUUUGGCACAUGAAGAGGACAACGUUUUAUUCAGUCAAGGAAGAUCUCAAGCAGCCGUUCUUCAGUGA